AUGAAAUAAAAUUGUAAACAUAUGAUGACAAAUUUAAGAAUGCACAAACAUUAUUUAAUGUUUUCUGUAGUGCAGGUAUUGCUCUCAAUUAUGAUAUUAGUGUAUGUAUGAACUUUUAACAUUUAGAUAAUAAUUGACCCAGAAUAAAAGUAAGCUAUAAUUAAAUAAUUAAGUCUCAAGGAGAAUAUGGUAAUAGAAGCAGAGAUAAUAUUGACAUUAGCAAUAAUGAUAGAUAUAUGUAUUAGAAUAAUUGCAGAAAGAGAAGUAAUAUUAUAUUUGAUUUGUUUUAGUAUUUUUUUAAAGAUAACUGGAAUAUUAUGGAUUUAACAGCUUUCGUAUUGAUAUUAAUCUUAAUCAGUCUAUAUUAUGUAUUUGAAUUGCAUUUGUAAGUCAUUAUCAUAUAAAUGAAUAUAGAUAGAUAAAAACUAAUAUCAUUGAAGUUGAUGAUUCAUUAGGGUUGAUUUUAAUAUUCUUACGUUAUUUUAUUUAGAUAAUUAGAAUUAUCAUUGCAAUAAAACAGUAUAUAUAUUUUUUAACUUAUUUUAGAUCUCAUAAAGUAACACAAUUAGGGAAUGUGGAAAUUAUACAAUUUGAACCAAUUGAUUUAGACAAUUCAAAACAUUAAGCUAGUGUAUACAUUGAUGAUCAUAAUGAAUCAUAUUCAUUUAUUUGA